AAAAAGCUCCAAACUUCAACCUCAGAUCACAGAACAACUGCAUUUGACAGCAAAUCGAAUGCGUAUUGAAUUACCCUGAGGAGCUAUUCACCAUGUGCGGAAGGUAUGCACUGGCUUUGCGUCCGUCACAGAUCCGGCAGAUGCUGGAAGAAGACCUCAUGCCGGUAGAUGAGGCCCCUGCCGACGAGGGCGACGGCGCUCCACGACAAAGCUACAACUUUGCACCCGGGUACCAUGGCGUGGUAUACCGCGCAGACGUGCCCGAUCGCGGAGCCGGCUAUUCCCACUCUAACCGCGCCGGCCAAGACUCAGAAGUACAGGGAGAACAGCAGGAGGAGGAGGAUGCAGACAACCAUGCCGACAGUGACAAACCGAAGCAAAAGGAAACGGCAGCAACUCGCUACAAGCUGCAGGCAAUGAAAUGGGGGCUAAUCCCCUUCUGGACCAAGCGCAGCCCAGAAUACGGCGGGGUCCUCAAGACCAUCAACUGCCGCGACGACUCGCUCGCGCAGCCGGGGGGCAUGUGGGCGAGCAUGAAGGCCCGGAAGCGCUGCGUGGUGGUUGCCGAGGGGUUCUAUGAAUGGCUGAAGCAGGGGAAAGACAAGAUCCCACACUACGUCAAGAGGAAGGACGGGAAGCUGAUGUGCUUUGCGGGACUGUGGGAUUGUGUCCAGUACGAGGCUGAUGGGGAGAAGCAUUACACGUAUACCAUCAUCACGACCGACAGUAACAAGCAGUUAAAGUUUUUGCAUGAUCGGAUGCCGGUUAUUCUCGAGGCUGGGUCGGAGGCUAUGAGGACUUGGCUGGAUCCGGGGAGGUGUGAGUGGAGCAAGGAGCUGCAGGCGCUGUUGAGGCCGUUUGACGGGGAGUUGGAUGUGUAUCCGGUCAGCAAGGAGGUAGGGAAGGUGGGGAAUAACUCGCCGAGCUUUGUCAUUCCGGUGGCGAGCAGGGAGAAUAAGAGUAAUAUUGCGAACUUUUUUGCCAAGGGGGCGGCUGCGGCGAAGAAAAAGGAGGGCGGGACGGUCAAGCCCGAGGUGGAGGUGGAGGUGCCGAAGGAAGGGGCUGCUGGGACGACCGAGGCCAAGACGGAGACGGUGGAGGAAUUCGCGAAGACGGCAGAUGAUGGUGGGAUGAUGAGCAUGACACCGUCGAAGAAAGCCUUGAAGCGGGAGGCGAGUUCCCCACCGGCAAAGGGCGAACAACCGCCUGCGAAGAAGAAAGCGGACUUGUCGUCGGCCUCCUCGCCUGUCCAGGAGAAACGGCAGACGCGAAGCAGCAAGAUUAGCGCCACGAGUAACGCCCCAAGGAGCCCUGUCAAGGCGAAGGCGGCGGCAAAGGCCGCUGGGAGUCAGAAGAUUACAAAGUUUUUUGGGAAUAGCGCCUAAACUUCAGUUGUUCGUUGCGCACUGGAUGGUUGGCUGGGGUUAGGUACCUACCUAUCUGACGUGGUUUACACCUCCAUGAUACCAAUACCUACGUUCAACGAAAGAAAACCGCCAACGUUAGUUUGUGUUGCAACGUCUCACGCAAAAACAGGUUGAUAGUACACAUCUGCUGG